AUGCCAGCUAACAUCCCCGAAUCUGACACUGAGGCCCCUUCAAACAUCAACGACGAUGAAAUUGACGAAACUACCACUGUACUUCGCCCUCAUCCCAAAGGCACUUACACCGCUGCCUCGUUCCAAAUUUUACUGCUUGACUCGUUGCCAGUCCGCCUCCGGAUACUCCAUCUCCUGACUAGUUUGAACACACAAAUCUCUUACUUGGAUGUCCUUGCCUUGAGUUCAGAACUCAGAAAUGCGUCUCGCGCAUACCACAGUUUCGUAAAGGAGAACGAAAGUUCCAGCAUUACGCCAUUUCAUCAAAACCUACUUGACUAUCUCGUGCGUCGAUUCAUGAUACCUCUACAUUGUCACUUUACAAACAAGGCCCGCACAAACCCAUUAUUUGCCUUCUCAUUAAAGGUCAGCCUGGAAACAGCCAUGACUCUCGUAUCACCUGAACCAGAUGAAGCCUUCUCCAAACUAAUAGUCAAUGGCGGGGGCUUAUUCAGAGAGGGUAUCUGGUGCGCGAUGGCCGUUAUUGCCAUUGAGCUCCUAGCCCAGCUCGAAGCCCAACACAUCGAAGGAACGUUGCACCGCAACUUCGAUUAUAUUACCCUGCUCAAGCGAUUUGUCAAUGACAUGAUUACUCUCUCUUCCGAGCGGAUCCGCCAUGGAGAGACAAAUAUUAAGGGUCAUAUGUUUCUCAGCAUGAUCUUGGCAAAGGUCGAGGCGGUGCAAGCGGGCGCCGAUUGUGAACUGUCUAUCGCACGGAGUGCGAAAGACAGUCUUGAAUUCUGCCAUGGCCUUUUACUAGCGCAGGCUGACUCUUCAUUAUUGGGUGGUCCCAACAAUACUGGAUUUGCAUCUGGGUCGAGUCUUGAUGAUGGGCCCGAAGGUCCUGAUUCUGGAUACGACUUGGACUUGGACUGGGACUUUCUCUUGCCAGAUGCUGGGUUUCCUUGA